UUGUGUUGUAAAAAAAAAAAAAAAAACAAGUACCAACUGAGCAAAGAUGUUUGUUUGAUGAACCAAGGAGGAGAGAAAACUAUCAAAUGAAUCAUGGCAACAUCAUAUCUCCUCCCUUUGUCACCACCAAUUCAUCAUUACAACAACAGCAACAAACACAACUUCCUCUUCACUUCCACCCAACAACCUAAACUUCUACACCACCAUUAUUUCCAAUCCAAUUCAAAAAACAACAAAUCAUCACCAUAUCAACCACUCAUUUCACGCUACCUCACCUUAUCCAAACACAAAAAACCCAGAAAUUUCAAAGUUUCAGCUGCUUCCUCUGAAGAUGCUGCUGCUGUAAUUCCAUCUGAAACUACCCAGGAAAUUGUGUCUGCUGCAACUUCUGUUGGCGAUGGAGUUUCAGCUGUUAUUUCAAUUCUUUUGUUCAUCGCCUUUCUUGCCCUCUCCAUCCUCACAAUUGGGGUUGUAUACAUUGCGGUGACAGAUUUUCUGACCAAGAGAGAGAAAGAGAAGUUUGAGAAAGAAGAGGAAGCCAAAAAGAAGAAGGGCGGGAAGAAGGGCAAAGUGAAAGCCAGAGCUGGUCCUAGAGGUUUUGGUCAAAAGAUUGAUGAAUUUGAAGACGAUAAUUUUUGAUUUUCUGAGUAAGUAAGUGGUUUUUGUUCAUUUUUAAUCAAUUGUAUUGAACAUUAGAGGCUAAUUUCUUCAAUUAAAUCGGUAAGCACAUUCACAAGUUGUUUCAAAUUGCUGGUUGUUGUAUAUGAUGAUCAAGGGGUCCUUGGAGUUGUUGGUGAUGAA